UGCUAGAAAGUAAAAGCCCCGACAUGCUCCGUCCAAGAGACCUCCGCCGCAGCUCGGGUACCCGGACCUUCCUGGACGCGAUGCACGGAGGGAAGGUGCACCUGGCCAGAUUCGUGUUGGACGCCCUGGACCGAAGGAUCGUGAACUCUCCGGCCGGGGAGCACGGGCGCACCCCGCUAAUGUUUGCCGUGUGCCUGCGGGAAGGCGAGCUCCGGACACGCUUCGUGCGGCUCCUCCUGGAUAAAGGAGCCGAGGUGAACGGGCAGGACGAGGCGGGUCGCACGGCGCUUAGCCUGGCCUGCGAACUGGGGUACCUGGACGCGGUGAAGCUUCUAGUCCAACACAGCGCUGACCCGGAGAUCCCGGACAGAGCCGGGAACCGAGCCCUUAUGUACGCCGCGUCCUGCGGUCACAGCGCCGAAGUCCACUUCUUGCUCCGCUCGUAUAAGCGAUUUGGUCUUCGUUUGGACGCCACCAACAGAGCCGGGCUGUCCGCGUUAGAUGCCGCCCGGGUGUACGGGCACAGAGAGUGCGAAAGGGCGCUCAGUGUCCGCUGCUCGCAGAGUCCGGAGCCCCGGCGAGGCGAUGCGGAGUCGCUGAGAAGCACUGACGGGGUGAUCCGAAGCCCCAAACCCUUGUCCAGGCAGAUGCUGCAGCGCUUUGCUCGGCCUUUCUCUAACCGGAGGGAGGAGGCGGAUAUCAGGCUGCAGCCUCGGGGGAUGCUGAGCCGCUCCAGCAGCUGCUCCCCGGCGAGCACCGAGCCCUCUGCCGGCUGCCACCGCAAGUCCCUCCCGGAGAAGGAGGCGCUCUCUGUCCCCGACUGCCUCAUCCAGCGGGCGCACAGCUGGGAGGGGCCGGUGCGAGGGGGCGCCUCACACUGCAGCCGCCUGCUGCGCCGGUUCACUUCACCUGACUUCUGUCAGGGGUUAUCCGGGGGUCUCCUACCGAGCUACCCCGGGGACAUGCUGAGGAAGGAGAGAAGAGACAGCAACUGCAGCAGCAGCCAGCUCAUCGUGCCCAGCAGCAGGCAGCCUCUUACCCUGUGAAUCCCAGGGAGGCAGGAGGAC